CCAGAGGAGGCGAGGAGGAGACGGACUUGGGAAAAGCAGCUCGUCCUGAACUCGAUAGCUGCAUUAGCUACACGGAUUAGCGGCAGCUUGAGUGGUUAUUGCUAACAUAUGAUAGUGUUUCCACUUGUUCAUUCAAGUCAUUUCGACGGGGGAAGGUUGUUUGGCCCACUUUGGAGAGGGCUAUCACGGCGGAGGGAGCCUCGGUUGUUUCCCUGUUGGAGCGGACGGAGCUGCCCCGCCACUAUCGGCCGAAACUGAGGCUUACACGCGGAAUACAACAACAAAACACACGGUCCCAGCCUCCGGUUACCGCGGUAGGAGAAGUAAAUGAUUAUUUGAUCAUCGUUUCAAAGCUAUGCGACGGAGCGUGUCGAGGAGAAGUUUGAUCGGAGAGCGAAGUGCGCUUGAUUUCCAAUCCGAUGGAUGUUAGCCCUGCCCGGCUGUGGCUCGGCUCCCUGCUCCGCUGCUGUCAGAAUAACAAAACAACAACAACAACAACAACAACAACACGUCUGUUCGUAACAAUGCUGCACACACAAGUAUUUGACAGCCCCGGCUUGAAUGCCAAGAAGACUGCUUCCAUUGCUUGUCUGUAAACCUGGAAAUACCUCCAGCCAUCCCCUCCUCUUCUUCCUCUUCUUCUUCUUCUUCUUCACCCCCUCCUCUUCCUCCCUUCUUCUUUUUUUGGACUAGUAAGGCUUGCAUUGCCUGGGAUUUGUGGAUUUAGACUCGAUAUUGACAUUGUAAAGAUGUCCUUUUUGCAGAGACAGAGCUCUGUGGAGCAGCAAGACAUUUAAUUGGACUCUUGAAUUUGAGAUUUGAGAUUUGUGUUUUCUUUUUGUUUUUUUUUUGCUUUUUUAUAUUCUCUUUCUAGUCAGAGGAUCAGAUUCGGAUGGAAAAUGGGAGACGCCACCAAACUGGCCUUCGCCGUUUUCCUCUUCUCCUGCUCUUCAGGUGCCAUCCUGGGACGGUCGGAGACGAAGGAGUGCGCCUACUACAACUCCAGCUGGGAAAAGGAGCGCACCAACCGCAGCGGCAUCGAGCCUUGCAGAGGCGAGGAAGACAAGCGGCGCCACUGUUUCGCCACGUGGAAGAACGUCUCCGGUACCGUGGAGGUGGUGAAGCAAGGCUGCUGGCUGGACGACGUCAACUGCUACGACAGUAACGAGUGUGUGGAGAAGAAGGAGAGUCCUGACGUCUUCUUCUGCUGCUGUGAAGGCAACAUGUGCAACGAGAGGUUCCUGUACGCCCCUGAAGUGCCCUCACCGGGAGGAACGCAUCAUUCAACCGCCUACACCACCUCCAACCCAUUUUCCCAGAAGCCCCAGCUUUUCAGCACUCUGCUCUACUCCCUGGUUCCCAUCAUAGGCCUGGCCGCCGUCGUCCUCUUCUCUUUCUGGAUGUGGCGGCAUCACAAGCUGGCCUACCCCGCCGCGCUCGUCCCCACACAUGACCCCGGACCCUCACCCCCGUCCCCCAUUCUGGGACACAAGCCGCUUCAGCUGAUCGAGGUGAAAGCCAGGGGGCGCUUCGGGUGUGUGUGGAAGGCUCAGCUGCUCAACGACUUUGUGGCGGUUAAAAUCUUCCCCAUUCAGGACAAGCUCUCGUGGCAGAACGAGUAUGAGAUCUUCAGCCUGAGCGGCAUGAAGCACGACAACAUCCUCCACUUCAUCGGAGCGGAGAAGAGGAACAAUAACAUGGACCUGGAGCUGUGGCUCAUCACCGCCUACCACGACAAGGGCUCAAUGACGGACUACCUGAAGGCCAACGUGGUGUCGUGGAACGAGCUGUGCCACAUCACUCAGACGGCGGCCCGCGGCCUGGCCUACCUGCACGAAGACAUCCCGGGACACAAGGACGGACACAAGCCCUCCAUCGCCCACAGGGACAUUAAGAGUAAGAAUGUGCUGCUGAAGAGCAACCUGACGGCCUGCAUAGCUGACUUUGGCCUCGCCCUGCAGUUUGAAGCAGGGAAAUCCGCCGGAGACACACAUGGACAGGUUGGGACGCGGCGCUACAUGGCUCCCGAAGUCCUGGAGGGCGCCAUCAACUUCCAGCGCGAUUCCUUCCUGCGCAUCGACAUGUACGCCUUCGGCCUCCUCCUCUGGGAGCUGGCCUCGCGAUGCACCGCCGCUGACGGCCCGGUGGAUGAGUACAUGCUCCCGUUCGAGGAGGAGGUGGGUCAGCAUCCGUCUCUGGAGGACAUGCAGGAUGUCGUCGUUCAUAAGAAGCUGCGGCCCAUUCUGAGAGACUGCUGGCAGAAACACGCGGGCCUGGCCAUGCUCUGUGAGACCAUCGAGGACUGCUGGGACCACGAGGCGGAGGCUCGCCUGUCGGCCGGCUGCGUAGAGGAGCGCAUCGGUCAGAUGCAGCGCCAGGCGCCCAUCAUCGGCCCCGAGGAGAUCGUCACUGUUGUCACCAUGGUGACCAACGUGGACCUCCCGCCCAAGGAGUCCAGCUUAUGAUCGUCCGACCGACGUGAAGAAAUAAGGAUCAACACGAGGGGAAGAGCAGCCAACCCUGGCUGGUUGGCGUAAUGUUUUUCUGUUCUUUCCUUUCUCCGUUUUUAUCGUUUUUCCUUUAAGUGCGGGCCGCUACUCGCGCUCAGGAAACACCUUGCGCCCACCUCACCACAUGAGUUGAUAUCCACCUCAUUUUGAUAUGUGUGCCUGAGGAUUUACAACAUUUUACCGGUUGAAACUCUCUCAUCUCCGAGCAAUCGAUUCAGGAUAUAACGACAAACGGCGUCACCGGAACACGCUGGGACGACGACACUCGACAAACACUUUUACCAUGUAUUGUUUUUAUAUACGUACACACACAUAGGAGGGCGCCCCAUUCUGCUGGGUUUUCUACGGAGAGAGAAGAACCGGCGGGGGGGUUUCACAGAACUCUCGGUGCAUUUUAGUGUAAAAAAAGAAAAAAAGAAAACCCGGCUCUGGAUGCAUCUGCUGUUUUCUCCUGUGCGUUUCUCUGAAGAAACGACUAUCGUUCUGCCAAUAAGCAACGGCUUCUGAAUGUUUAUAGUGUAAUGCUGCUGUACAUAGUGUAUUAUGGACCCAGACAACUUGGUAAUCGAGCUUAUUUUAAAGGGGGAGGGGGGAGGGGGGUCCAUUCUCAAGCAUUACAACGAUAAAAACCAUAAACCUCCUUCAACCAGGUAUACCUCAGUUCAGACGGACACAGUUUAAAUUGAACCCUCUCCCUAUUCACGGUCACACUUCACCACCUUCAUGAAUCUGCUGUCAGCCUCACUUUUGGGUAGUGUAGUCAGCAAAACCUCAAUACACACGGCCAUACACACCAAGUGUUUCUCCCCUUUUCCUCCCCUUUCUCACGAUGAGGUUUGCUCCACUUUGACUGAAAAAACACCGUUCUGCUUUUUUUGUAUUCUUCUGAUAAUGGGAAAAAGAAAAGGACACCCCCAUCCCGUGGUAAAGUUGCCGUUUAAAGUGGGGUUUUUUUGGUUUGCCGUGUCAACUGUCUACGGAGUAAUAAUACCUGUCGCUGACGACCUGACUUUGGCAGUCUGGAUGUGUUUGUAUCUCUCUGGAUUGGCGCUGGGUACCAACUAAUGAUACCUUUGAUAUUAAGUAACCGCUCAAAUCAGAAGGUAGAACACGUGCGCAUCUUCUCCUCUUUAUUUGAUCACGUUCAAUCUUUAGAAAAUGCAGAUUAACAUGAAAAACUCAUCCGACAUGUUUAUUUUAGGAGAGGUAUCACAUUUUGAAGUGAAGGGGUACCCAGCCCUGAUUUGGAUUCAACCUGUAUUUAGCUGAGCCAGCUUGCUUUGGAUUUGAUUGCACACAUCAUCUUUUUUUCCUCUUGGAUCACUGUCAAGAGUUUCUGCUCUCUUUUGAUACACCUCAGGAAUCUUUGGUACUCACAUCCUCCUCACCUAUACCUCCCCCCCUGAUUCUUCCACGUCCUCUCUCUUGGCUCAUCUACUUGUUUAGCCAUGCUUUCACGCCUCAAAAGUGUGUCUUUAUUACCAGUCCCAAUUUAAUUGACACUAAUCCCACACAAGGAACUGUAAGAUUUCAAAGUUUGUCAGAUGUUACCCAAACACUUAUGCGUUGCCCCUUUGUCCUCUGUCUCGACAAGCAAGCCAAAAAAGCUCUUUUUAUUUUCUCCGUGUUGAUGCUGUCUCUCUCACUGGCUGUUUCCCUAAACUAGCUGGAUGGACAGCUGGUUUUAUGUCAGUUUUAAGAGUAAGACAUGAACAGAUUUCACAAAACAAGUAGUUGAUAAUUACUAGACUUGAACUGCCAGUUAGGUGCAGUUAACUCUCCCCACACAGGGCUAAAAUGAACUGUUUUCAAUCGUGUUAAACCAAACGAUCGCACGGCUAACUGCAGUCAGACGAGUCGAGACGGGGAAUCUCUUUCUCUCUUUUCAUCCUGGUGCCAUUUCUAAGUAUCCAUAUUAGUUACUCUUGUAGAUGUCAGGCAAAAUGGAUGUAUCUGUCACAGUUGUGCGAGCAACAGUGACAUUUUUGAGUCUUUAUUUCUUCUGAGGGACAUUGAACACUGGUGACCUGCAGUCUCUCCUCAAGCUUUGGGACGGUUUCACAGGACACAGUUUAAAUUCAGGUGGAGUACUAAAACGCACGGGAACUACCAAACCGUUUCACAUUCAGGGCGAUUCAUAAUGAUGCUUUCUUGAUCUUAUCGUUUCAAGCAAACGCCAUACUGUAGUGAUUGAGCAAAUAAGAGCUAAGCAAACAAGUCAAAAGAUGAGAUUGAUUAUCAUGAGAAACAUAUUGCAACAACACAGCAAACCUGAAGGAAGUUAAAGCCAUCCUGUUUUUGCCCACUGUAGCACGAUAUUUGCAUCAAUAUUGCUUCCUUUUGUUGCCGCUGUUUUUUAAUGACCUGCUAAUGAGAACAGUCUGUGUCUGAGAUCCUCAUGAAGCUUAGAGUCAGGAAGGAUCAGCUCUGCAGACCCCAGCAGCUCUACCUCACUCGCAGGGAUUUCUUUGGGGUAGGAAGUGUGGCAAAUAAACCAAAAUCAUAACCACGUUCCUCGGGUAGAAAGUUCCAGUUUGAGGGCUUAUUUUGAGGUGUGAAUCCCCCUUUCUUUCCAUAUGUUUGAGUUGAAUUACAGAAGAUUAAUAAGGCCAAGAAGUUUAAUCUUCACCUCGAUGCAUUGUAAAACCUGUCCUCAUUAAAAAGGACAUGCAAGCACAAACAGAGGAAGGGACUCCAGUGUUACCGUUUCACUCCAGAUUUGUGUCCAAAGGGGUAAAAGUUACUCACCAGUAUUACAGGUCACAGCCUCCCAUUGUUGGUCAGUUCUGCCAAAGUGGCUGGUAGAGUCUACUAACCUCCCGCCACAGCAAAACCACACGUCCCAGUACUGUAGGUAGAAGGUGGAACAUCUCCAGUGUUCAAACAAAGCUUGAGUUUAAACUGCGCUUGAGAAACCGACCCAAACCAACAAACACCAUUCAGGGAUUCAGUACUAUGCUUUUCUAAGUUCUAGCAAGUUAUAUGCAACCAGUGCCGCAAAUUACCCUACAGUGCUGUAGGACCCGCUGCAGGAGUGACUUCAAUACACACACACACACACACACACACACACACACACACACACACACACACACACAGAAUUAACUUGUAGCAUUUUAAUUUGUUUUCUUUUUUAAAUCCUUGCAUAUUGAUAUGUUGUAUUUAUUUUUUAAUUUACAGGCCUGAGGUUUUGGGGAUCGGAGUUAAGGUGCAACUACAGUUGUAAGACUUGGCACCCUUUCUGGUUGAUGUUUGGGGGGGUGGUUGUGGGUGGGUGUUCAGUUGUAAUUCAGGAAAUACUUUCAUCAAGUCAAAAAGAAAAGAUAUAAACUGUCAAACGUUCUUCUUUCUAUGGACAAGCGACCGAGAAUGAAUGUUCUUCAGACUCCUGGAUUCCAGUAUUGUGUGUACUGUGGUGGAUUGAGCCCGGCCCGGUGUAACUUUAGAGGGCUUCGGCUUUGGCUCGUGUGAUUGUGCCCUGUCGCCGUAGAAACUAGUAAAACCAACACAUUAGGAGAUCCAUUCAUACACUUCAGUGGUUUAACAAUUACCUGCAGAUUUGAUUGAGUACCUGCUCUAGUGACUAAUGAACCUGCAGUCCAAUCAGAAAGGAAAGGAACAGUGAUGGCAAACCGUGUGCUUUCUUUAGGUCGAAAAGGAGAUGUAAAAUGAAGCGGUUUGUGGACUUCUUCCACACACUGGUAUUUAUUAAGAAAGAAAGGGGCAUCAUGCACACAUGCGUGUUGAAAGACAGGUAACCUUGCUUUGAGGUUGUUUGCUCAUUUCCCUGAUUGUGUUAUUAGUCCACAGCCUUUUGAAUGUUAUUUAACGCACAUUCAUAUACUUAAAUUAUUGAGGAAAUGUGCAUUUCUUUAGAUGAUUCAGGCAAUCAGACUCUUUUCUGUCGGACAAAUCAAAUAAUUGGGCUCCUUCUCAGACUAUUUUAGCAAAAUGAUGCGAGUGCAACCAUGGGCUGAACGUUGUCCUUUAAAGGUGUAUGAAUGGGUUUCCUUAGCAUGCAGGGUUUACGUUUUUCUAUCUCGACUUUCUCUAGCCCAGCACCUCACAUUGCUGUGCAUAUAAACUACCAGUGAAACAUUUGUGUCUUGUUGCCCCCACUACUUUAAGCAGUCUAGGAUCUGUACAGACAUGAGAACAUAAAUACCUGUAUCAACUAUUUACUCUGAGCUGAAUCUUUAUAAGUGUGUGUUGAACUUCAGUGUUUCCUCUACAUUCAUUUAUAUUUUCCUUGUGUUUUGACUCCGCAGCGGGUCAUGGCCCGGCUGCAUUAAAAGUUCCUUUAUGCGAAAAGAAGUGACUUUAAGUUGAGCUUUGUGUAAGCUAAAAGCUAGAGGCUCAUUGGAGUACUUUGUAAGGCAUCCAAGAAAGCACUUAAGGGUUCCUUGGCAGUAAAAACAAACAGCUAAUGACGAUCAUGGAGCCCAUGGCGUUCCUCCAGGAGCCUACUCGGGUCCCCUGCCGGUUGCAUUUUGAAGAAUCCCCAAAGCUCUUAAAAAUCAGUUGCAAUACUCCAUGUGUGAUAAUGCAAUCACCCACUACGGGUAUUUCAUUCCAGCAUCUCAAUCUCCUCCUUUUCCCACUGUUGGUAAGAAUUUUAGAGGAAACAUUGAACUCCAAUGACCUCGCCGCUAUGACUGUCUUUGCAGUAAGAUGAGUCUGGUUGCCAGGCCGGAAAUUUCUACAAAAAAAUCCCCCUCAAAAACACCACAAAUGUUUUUGACCCCCUCGUUUCUCAAAGCCCUCGAGUCGCAGUGCUGAUCCAGGAUCUGCCAACACACCCUCUUGUGAUAUAGACGCCCACUGGGUUUCUGGUUGUAGAAUACUGAUGAAUAAGUGGGAUGUGAAGAUGGGUUUUCUUACUCCUGAGUCAUGUGACUUUACAUUGUAGGUUACAGACAAAAAGAUGUGAAAUCAACAGCUGGAGUUUCAAACUGGAAGGAGAAAGGGGGUUUUCCCAUCCCACCACCUCAGAGCUCCCUGUGAAGGGUCAUGGGAGGGAUCAGAGAGAAUUCCCUUUCAGAGGAGAUUAAAUUGAUCCCUGAUCAGCGCUGCGACUCUGGGCUAAUGGUUUUUAUCAGCUGAAGUGAUCCACGUGAUGUAAAUAAAUGUGUUUUUAGAUUGUGA